AUGCAGAAUGCUGAGUGCAGAAUGCAGGGUACAGAAGUGGAGAGUAAAUCUCCAAAUGAGACAAGCAUAGACCAAACAGUUGCCCCAGCUGUAUCAUCCUCAACCACAAGCAAUGCAGAAAGCACUCCCAACAUAGACGAACUGAACAUUUCUUCUCAGCUUCGAAAGUUCUCUUACAAUGAGUUUAAGUCUGCUACGAGGAAUUUUAGACCUGAGAAUCUCCUUGGGGAGGGAGGAUUUGGUUGUGUUUACAAAGGUUUGAUCAAUGAGAGUGGAACUACACCAGUGAGGCCUGGAACAGGGCUUACGGUUGCAGUAAAAACCCUCAAUCAUGAUGGACUUCAGGAUCAUAAGGAGUGGCUUGCUGAAGUAAAUGUUCUUGGUGAUCUUCUUCACCCUAAUUUGGUUAAAUUAAUUGGGUGUUGCAUUGAGGAUGAUCAAAAGCUGCUUGUAUAUGAGUUUAUGCCUCGGGGAAGUUUGGAAAAUCACCUGUUCAAAAGGUCUUUGCCUCUUCCUUGGUCUAUCAGAAUGAAAACUGCAAUUGGUGCUGCAAAAGGUCUUACCUUUCUUCAUGAGGAAGCUGAAAGGCCAGUCAUAUAUCGAGAUUUUAAAACCUCUAACAUCCUUUUAGAUGUGGACUGCAAUGCGAAGCUUUCUGAUUUUGGACUUGCAAAAGAUGGCCCAGAAGGAGAUAAGACCCAUGUGUCUACUCAAGUAAUGGGAACAUGUGGCUAUGCUGCCCCAUAG